AAUUGUGUCUGAAGGGGUGUGGCUAAAAUGUGCAGGCGUGGGCGGGGCCGGAUGUGCAGGCGUCUGAGGCGAGCUGUUGCCGCUCAGGCGUUGCCUAGGAAGUUAAAAGUUGCUGGGAUACGAGAAUCUAGCCGGAGGAAUGUGAACAUGUAAGGACCAUGGCACUUGUUUCCAUCUGAUAAUAAGUCUGAGAGUAGGAUGAAUGAGAAUGAAGAACCCAUCGUCCCAUUCCAGCCUGUGGAAGUAAAGUCAGGUGAAAAAGCCUGCAGGAAUGAUUUCACUACCUUCAGCAGUGAAGUGGCAAACGACAAAAGUAACCAAAAGCAGUUCAGAGGUUCCGAAUCUACUGAAGUGUUUGAAAUCUCUCAAGAUGAGCAAAUGCAGAUUAGUCCUUACAUGCCUCAUCCACCCUUGCUCCCCAAGUCACCUGGUAUGGGAAAAGGAAGCAGGAAAAUGUCGCUUGAGGAAAAGGUAAGAGGAGGAAGAAGAAGACUGAGGUCCAGCCAAGAGAGCCUCACUGACCGAGGGGAGAUGUGCUCCUCAAAUGACUCCCUUAAUUCAACCUUUCCUGCUCCUGGUAGCCCUAUGAGUUUAAGAAAUGGCAUAAACUCAGGGGAUAGGCAUUUCAGUCAGAUGGUGAGGGAAUCCCCACCAUUCCGGGAUCGAUGUAGCAGCUUGUGUGAGGAGGAUAAACAUCCUAAUACUGGACAGCACCCGAAACCCUCCAAAAUCAUUCUUUCUCCUCUACAGCUCACCAGAGCAUUUCCUCCUCUAGAGUGCAGCAUUUCUUCCUUGACCUUAAGGAGCACUAAUCAGAUUGACAGGGAUUGCGUGGAUUAUGGUAAAGGGACCCGGCCAGAAAAGCUGCAAAGAAACCUCAGUGACAGCCGACUGUGGGACACCAUGGUUUCAGACAACACUUCGGUCAACUCUAUGAAGUCCAACUUUAGUGUGCUAAACCCAAUCCGUCCCAAGGAUGUCAGAAACAGGAGCUUUUUGGAGGGCAGUUUGUUGGGCAACAGGGCCUUACUUGGUGCUGAAGAAUUAGAGCGUUACUUUCCUGAAAGGCAUUUGGGGAUUUUUACUGUCACUUGGAACAUGCAGGGUGAGAAGGGGCUUCCAGACAACCUAGAUGACCUGCUGCUCCCAGCUGACCAUGAAUCAACGCAAGACUUCUAUAUCAUUGGGGUUCAGGAGGGAUGCCCUGAUAGGAGAGAGUGGGAGAUCCGACUACAGGAAACACUAGGACCAUAUUAUGUUAUGCUUUAUUCAGCUGCACAUGGAGUUCUGUAUCUCAACGUCUUCAUUCGCAGGGAUCUUAUAUGGUUCUGUUCUGAGGUGGAACAUGCUACUGUGACCACUCGAAUCAUCUCACAGAUUAAGACCAAGGGCGCAGUGGGCAUUGGAUUCACAUUUUUUGGGACGUCCUUCCUUUUCAUCACAUCUCAUUUUACUUCUGGAGAUUCCAAAGUGUAUGAGAGAAUAUUGGACUACAACAAGAUCAUCGAAGCUUUGGCGCUUCCCAGGGGUCUUCCAGACACCAACCCAUAUCGUUCCAUUGCCUCUGAUGUGACCACCCGAUUUGAUGAGGUCUUUUGGUUCGGGGACUUCAACUUUCGCCUGAAUCAAGAGCGGGAAAGGGUGGAGGCUAUUUUGAAGCAGCACACUGAGAACAACAUGGAUGUACUUCUUCAACAUGAUCAGCUGUCCAAAGAAAUAAAAGAUGGUUCCAUCUUUAAAGGAUUUCAGGAAGCCCCUAUUCACUUUGCACCCACCUACAAAUUUGACAUUGGCUGUGAUGUUUAUGACAGCACUUCAAAGCAGAGAACUCCAUCAUAUACAGAUCGGAUUCUUUUCAGGAGCAGACAAGCAGAUGAUAUCAAAGUGGUUAAGUACACGUCCUGCUCAUCUAUCAAGACCUCAGAUCACCGGCCUGUCAUUGCCAUGUUCCAGGUUAAACUCCGACCUGGAAGAGACAAUAUUCCAUUGGGAGCGGGUCUGUUCGACAGAGCUGUGUACCUUGAGGGCAUCAAAAGGAGGAUUACAAGAGAGCUGAAGAGGAGGGAGGCCAUGAAAAACCAGAGCAACAGCGCAGUCUGUUCAAUUUCCUGAACCAGGAUCAGCCGGCUUUCGUGGAUUCCAUGUUUUGAGCUACUGACCCGGGAAGCUGGACUUUCAGGACUAUAGUGGUGCUCAAAACUAAGAGAGCUGUACACUGGGGGACUAACUCAUGACCCAGGUUUGUAAGUAGUGUUUAACACUCUUGCACAUUAGAGCUUGAAAAAGGCUGUGCCUACAGAUUAAAGACUGGCAGCUAGAGUUGGCAUGAACAAUGCACACAGAAGGGCAGCAGUCAUACAGGGAAUUACCAGAAAGUAAGAGAAUUUCAAGAACAUAUUUUAAUAGCAUACCUAAUUGUGUACUGUUUUAUUCACGUUUGUAUAAACUUAUGUUUAAGGUUGUAAGCAAUUUCUCAUAUAACUGACAGUGUUUAACGGUCUUGUGCAAUUAACGGCUCAAUUUUUCUACGUCAUAUUUAUUACUAGUAUUUAUAUCCUGAAUCUUGUUACCGACUUGAGAUAAUAGAGAAAUAUCCUAAUAGUUUCCAGUGUCCACUUUUACCCUUAAAGUAAAAGCUUUAUCAUAACUAUAAUGAUUUGAUGGACCGCUUGUUUGAGCUACAGUUAUUUGGUCAGUCAGGAUUGUUGUCCAUUGCCUUAACUUGUUAUAUUAAUAUAAUUCAGCCUUUUUGUUGAUGUCAACUAGCCUCAAAUACUGUACAAGGGUAACAUUGAUUUGAAGUAACUAAACCUUUCUGGCAUGAGCCUAAAACAGAAGUGUCAAGACUGAAUCAUGUAAUAUUACACUUCUCACACACUGCAGAUGGAAAGUGCCUACAAUAUUGUAUUGUCUGUUACUUUUCCAGAAUGUUCUGUUGUAUCAACCCAAAUAACUGCAUGUUCUAAAUGUUUACAGUAAUACAAAAAAAGUUACGUCUGAUUUACAUGAGUUUGAGUAU